UUAUUUGUUUAUGGUUGUAUGUUGUAUGUAUGUGAGAGAUGGAACAUUUCAAAAAAAAUGAUCAUAAUUGAAAAUAGAUAUGAAAUAAAUGAUAACGAAUUAUCUGAUUAAAUUUGUGAAAUAAUGGAAUAUAUUUUUGUUAUCUAAAAUUUUGACAUUGAUUGUACUGGAAAAAUUAUCCAAUUUUUGUCAGGAUGUCAGGAAUAAAGAAUGACGCCAAUAAGAACGAUAACUUAAAAAGACAAGGUUCGUUUAGAAAAUUAUUACCUUUGAACACAAAUGGAGAUUCUCAAUUAAGUAUGUCUGUGAAAAUGAUUGACAGGCCAAUUGCAUCACAAACUAGUAAAGAAUAUACAGUAUAUUUACAGGAAUACAACAUUUUAUCAGAAUAUAUGGUUUGGGGUUCAAUUUGUGCGGCAAGGAAUCUAUCAAGGAGGAAUCUUCAGAUUUAAUAUUACACUGCCACAAAAUUUUCCAGAUGGAGGAUGCCCUAAAGUUACAUUUCAAACUCCAAUUUUUCAUCCUUUAAUCGAGCCUGAAUCUGGAGAACUAAAUACAUCAUGGGAGUUUCCUGAAUGGAGAAAAAGUAACAGAAUUUGGCAGUUGAUACAAUUUAUAACAAAAAUUCUCACUAAAGUAGAUAUUAAGAUGAAUUCUGUAAAUCAUGAAGCAUCAAAUUUAUUAGAGAACAAUUUUGAAAUAUUCCGAGAUCGUGUAAAAAAAUGUGUGAGAGAAAGUUUGAACAAAGUUUAUAACGCACCCACAGUGGAUGAUCCCCAUUACAUUGCUUUUAGUCCGUAUGUUGAGGAGAUUCAUAAUUCUAUCAAGAAAGAAAUUUUACAACCUAAGGAAGAAGAAGAAAGUAAAGCACUUGGAUUAUCAUGGGUACAACCAGGAUCAUUACAACCAUUUUCUAAACCUGAUGCAAGAUAAUAAGUACAUAAUUAUAUAAUAUAGAAAAUGUAAUAACGAAACGUACGUCCGUAGAAGAUAAAGGAAUUGUAAAUUUUAAUGCCAAGAAUGAAUUGUAAUGUAUUUUUAUAUUAGUAAAAAAUAUUAUUUUCUACUUAUGUUUGACAUAUGUAUAUAUAUGAGAUUAUUACAAUGAUCACUUAUAAUACUCUUAUAUUUAAUAUAUAUUUGAUGAUUUAUUAUUAAAUGUAGUGCGAAUAUUUCUUAAAAUAAAUUUUAUAUAAAGCAAA